AUGGCUUCACCUUACUCCACAAUGAGCACCCCGUCGUCAACCAGCUCGACAGCAAACCUGGCGCCUGCUCCGCCAACUCUUGCGAUCAAACCUGUCUCUCUGGCAUCCAAUGCAAUGGGAAGUCCUAUGAACAGCUGUGAUAGCCCUGUGCCGUUGGGACCUAGAAGAGAAUGGGUCAUACCCCCACGACCAAAGCCGGGAAGGAAGCCCGCGACAGAUACCCCACCAACGAAGCGGAAGGCGCAGAACCGAGCUGCACAACGAGCUUUUAGAGAGAGGAGGGCGGCAAGAGUCGGUGAACUCGAGGAACAACUGAAGGAGACGGAGGAAGAAAGGCUCAAGCGAGACGCACAAACGAAGGCCGAGCUGGACGACGCUAGAAGUCAUGUUUCGAAGCUAGAAGCAGACAUGCAAAGGGUGCUCAAUGAAGUUAUUGAGUGGAAGCAGAAAUACCACAGAGCAGAAGAUCUGCUAGAAGCGGAGCGGGCAGAAAAGGCAGCUCUAAAUAACGAGUUAAUUUAUUUACGGAAGGGAGCACGAGCAAUUGGAACAGAUGCCGUUGUUCUACCCCCGAGACGAAACAGGUCUCAUCUCAAACCAGAGUCAGCUCAACUUCAAAACCCAGCUCCAGCAGCGAAUGCAGAUCCUAUUGGAUGUGGUAACUGCACAUCUACCAGUGGAUGUGCCUGUGUUGAGAAGGUCAUGGUAAUGGCUACGUCAACAUGUGGACGAUGUUCUAUUGAUAGUCAUUGCGAAUGUUUGGAGGAAACAUUGAAAGGCCCCAAUAGCGCCGACAGUGCGAUGGAGGUUGAGGUGAAGCGAUCGCGCGACUCGUCGCCUUACACAAACAGCAAACGGACACGACUAUCUAUUGAAGAUAACACUCCACAAGAGAUUGAUUUCACCGCCAUGUUCUCUAGCAAACCCAUCUACGCUCCAGAGCCACCACCUCGAGACUAUGGAACAGCCAGCACAGCAUCCCGCCCACCACCGGGAGAGUCAUGUGGCUUCUGUGACGAUAGCACAUACUGUGCAUGUGCCGAAGCUGCCGAAGUCGCGGCCCGCGAGCUAGGGCACGAGAACCGCCUUCCACCCCUAAUGAGCGAAGUUACCCCGCCACCUUCAGACAGCGAUAUCAACGCUAUGGAGUCUUACAAGCUACCCUCGCUCUAUCCAAACCAUAUCCAAUCAUCUUUGGAACCACCGCCUAAAUCUUCAAGCAAUCCUUCUAAUUCAUGUGCAAACGGACCUGGUACUUGUCAACAGUGCCAAGAUGACCCAAAAUCCGGGCUCUUCUGCCGCUCUCUGGCCGCAAUUCGUGCCACCAACCCAUCGUUCUCUGGCUGCUGUGGCCAAGGCGGUCCUGGUGGAUGUUGUAAAGACACACCAUCUCAACCACCACCAUGGCCAGAACCUCGCAAGGCUAGACCGGUGCUUCCCGGCCCAGCUCUCUCUUGUGCAGAGACCUAUAAGACACUCGCUAGCCACCGCAACUUCGAGGCUGCGAGCGAUGAGAUUAGUAAAUGGCUGCCAAAAUUAGCAACUGCCCCGCCGCGGUAUCCCGGACGCGAGGCGACAGAUAUCGAUGCAGCGAGUGUAAUGAGUGUUAUCAAGUAUUUCGACGUAAGGUUUGGACGAGAAUAG